UCUUAAUUUUAAGUAUUCGUUCCCCCGUUAUCAAAAUCGGUGCGAAUUGCCGGGUCUACUACAUUCUGACUUUGGUUCUACUUAUUUGCUUAAUUUUUAACUAAUUUAUUUGCUUUGAAAUUUGUGAAAAUAACUGAAAAAAUGAAACUUUUCUUAUUUAUUUGCAUUUGCUUGUCAGUUUUUAAUUCUUUUAAAUGUGAUGAAUUAGAUGUGGAAGUUAAAUUUAAACCAGAAAAAUGCGAACUAAAAUCUAAAAAAGGUGAUAUGCUUUCAAUGCACUAUAAGGGAACAUUAGAUGAUGGUACAGAAUUCGAUUCCAGCUACUCAAGAAAUGAACCAUUCCAAUUUCAACUUGGAAUUGGUCAAGUGAUCAAAGGUUGGGAUCAAGGCUUGACUGACAUGUGUGUAGGUGAAAAAAGAAGGUUGACUAUUCCUCCUCACCUAGGAUAUGGAGAUGCUGGUGCAGGUGACAGGAUUCCACCAAAGGCUACUUUGAUUUUUGAAGUAGAAUUGCUAAAAAUUGAAGAUGGUCCAGCUCCUGUAAAUGUCUUCAAAGAAAUAGAUGCAAAUCAAGAUCAACAGCUUUCUCGGGAAGAAAUUAGCGAGUACCUAAAGAAACAGAUGCCUCAAGCUCAGGCAGCUGGUCUAAAAGAUAUGCCUGAACAAGACAAGUUGGUGGAAGAUAUUUUCCAGCAUGAAGACAGAGAUAGAAAUGGAUUUAUAUCUCAUGCUGAAUUUAGUGGUCCCAAACAUGAUGAACUAUAAGAGCUCAAAACUUUAAUAUUUUGCAUAUAUAAAUGAAUUGGAUAUUAAAACACAGUUUUUUCUUGAUAAACAUGAUAUUGCUACAGUUUUGUAUAUUUAAUGAUUUAAAAUAACUAUUUAUGUAAUAAAAUUCUACAUUUUGCUAUACAUUUUUUU